UGUCAAAUAUCGAUGUUUGUCAUUUUCUAGCACAGUUAACAAUUUGUCGUUUGCAAACAAAAGAAGUGAUUGCUUAUUAGAAUAAAUAAACUUAUAAUUUUAAAUUAUUUUAAACACACAAUUGAUUCUAAAAGCCUCACUAACUAUUUCAUCGAAAGAAAUUUAAGCGUCUGAUAAAAAUAAAGAGCAAUGAUUCAGAAUCCUUGUUUGUCCAAUAUAACUGUAAACAAUUAAUUGUUAUAGUUUUUACCUUUUGAAGCUAAACUCAGAAUCAAUUAACCGUUGGAAUAAUCCUGUUACUUGUGUGAUAGCUUUAAAAGCCUUGGCCUGUGAUAAAUAUGUUAAAGAAAUAUAAGUGAGCUUUCCUUUAUUGUAACUGAUUAUUCUUAAUGUGUUGAAAAUAGCCAUGAAGCAACUUACAGCUUGGUAUCAGAAGAAAAUAAGUUCUUAUGACAAAGAAGAAUGGGAGACUAUGGUAGAACAGUUGCUGAUGAGAGGCACUUACCGUCGCCGCAUAAUAGAUUCAUCAUCACAUGCACGAUCUUAUUUAAUAGAUGUUGAUUUAGUUAGAGGCUCUUCAUUUCCUAAAGCAAAGCCUACUCUUGGUAUGCGCCGUGUUGUAUGGUUUGCACUAGUUCGACUUGUAUUCUUGCCAGCCCUAUAUCAAUGGUGGGCUCAACAGACCUCACCUGCAUGUGCAAAAUUUCUCCUUUCUCUAUGGUUCCUCCAAGUUGUCAAUAUAAUAUUAAACUUUAUUGCACCAUCUUCUGUUGAGUUAGAUUCAAAUUGCUGGAUAGUGCCAAUGGUUUUGAUGGUAGUACUAAGUAUGGUACAUUCACAAAUAGUAUGUACAACAGAGAUGGAAUUAGCUAGAGUUAGACCAAGGUCAACUUACAGAAGAAAAUUACCGCGAUAUUUUAGACGAUCUCGAUCAGACUGUGAUGGAGGGAGUGGUGUUGCGUCAGCAGAAAGUGGAGCCACUUCAAGUCAUAGUAAAACUCCUCUCGCCAAACCACCCAAAUUUCGACGGCGCUUGUCAAGAUCUGAUAUUGCUGAUGUAGGCCAAAGAAAGAGAAGAAAAGAUGCAAAAGACAGUCCAAAUGAUCUCCUACCUGUGAUUAAAGAUAAAUUACCAAAGAAAGCUAAAGAUUCUGACGAUGAAGACUAUAUGGCAUGGAAGAAGCGUGACCCAACAGUUCCUCUUAAUCAACCCGUUGUCGCCAGUCCCAGCACAUCAUAUAAACCGAACAUACUAACAAGGAAAUACUUAGAAAUAUUUAAUAUUCGCCAAAAUCAACAAAAUGAGCCAAGGCCAACAUUUGCUGAUGGGGAUGACGGCUUUGAAAGCCUUAACGGCUACAAUUCUAGUGAAGGUGAUAAACCAGAAAACCAAAAAGUCAAAAAAGUUAUUGAAGAGAAACAGGAACCUGUAACAAAAAAAGAUUUAAAUAAUGUUGCUAAUGAUAGUGAUAAGGGUAAAACUUUAGAAGAGAAAUCAAUUGAUCCAGACUCUGAUAAUGCUGUCACAAGUAGUCCUAAUACUGGGAAGAGAGUGAGUGUGCGAUUUCGAAAGUCCUGGUCCAAAGAUAAAAUAGCGAUAUCUAGUGACGAAAAGUUUACAAGAAUGAAAAAUAAAAAGAAAAUAGAAAAUUACCAGUCGUCAUCAUCCGAUGGGGAAUGUUCUGCUUCCGCCCCAUCAAUCGCUCUGCCUUCGCACCAUACCAUGUCUGAUUGGGUGGGCCAAAUUACUAACAGCGAAGAAAGUAGUUACGGAUCUCAAUCGGAGGCCGGUCAUCCAGGUGUCGGUUUCCAUUACACAGCUGAUAGCUCGUGGGAUCCUUUUGCAAUACUAGAUCCUUCUAGUGACACAGUGAAAUGUACAAUGUGGGAACGUGGAUCAACUCUAAGGGCAGAGUUAUCAGCGGUAGAUAUAAGUUGGUACGUGGUAGCGCGAGCAGAACGAGCAAUGGUGGAUGGCUGUCUCUACUCUGGACUUAUUAUGGCCGCUAUUGUUGCCUUUAAUUCGCCUGUUAUGCGGCUUAUACAGAUGGCAAUAGAACAGGAUACACGGACAGAAGAGGAACUGCAAUCGCUGUCUUUAUUAAGUUUUUCUUCCAUCAUUGGGAACUAUACUCAGGGAUCACCGCUCAACGCAUUUAAUGGUGCUUUUGGGGACAACGUUUGGGAAAUAUCUACAAACAUCCUGUCAUGCGUUCUCCGAUUCACUCUUAGUGGACUCGUUUUCUUUCUGUUGGCGGUAGCAGAGCGCGCGUACAAACAACGUUUUCUGUACGCAAAACUGUUUUCACAUUUGACAUCCGCUAGGCGCGCCCGGAAGUCGGAGUUACCACACUUCCGUUUGAACACAGUUAGGAAUAUUAAGACUUGGCUCUCGACCAGGUCUUAUUUACGGCGACGCGGUCCCCAAAGAUCUGUGGACGUUAUUGUUUCAGCAGCUUUCGUUAUAACGCUCACUCUAUUGGCCUGCGUCAGCGCACAAUUAUUAAGGGACUCAGUGACUCUAGAGAGAGGUUGGCUCCUCGAAGCAAUGGUUUGGAGUGGUUGCCUUGGAGUGUAUUUAUUGCGACUUUUGACUCUUGGCAGUAAUGUCAAUAAGAAGUACCGGGGUUGUCUGUCAGCGAUUUUGACAGAACAGAUUAACCUACAUUUAGCCAUAGAGCAGAGACCAGAGAGUAAAGAACAACUGACGGUGGCAAAUAAUGUGCUUAAAUUGGCCGCGGAUUUGCUAAAAGAACUAGACUCUCCCUACAAAAUAUCUGGAAUAUGCGCGAACCACUAUUUAUACACAAUAACGAAGGUAGUGAUCCUAUCUGCAUUAUCAGGAGUUCUUUCUGAAAUGUUAGGUUUUAAGCUGAAACUUCAUAAAAUCAAAAUUAAAUAACACAAAUACAGACUGUAUUUGUUGAUAUACGUACACGUCAAACAAUGACAGAAUAUUAAUGAUAUAAACUUAUUAUUUUAUAGGGGCCUAAUAAUAGUGUUUUUCAAUAUAAAAAUAACAGUCUGUAUUCUAAAGCGCAAAUCAAGAUCAAGACUACUACUACGUGUGAUUCAUAUUAGUUCCGAAUUCUAGAACGUCCAUCACAGUUUCUAGUUUCUGGACUUGACAUAUUUGACAGCGCUCAAGCCUUGAGAUACGUUUUAGAAUAUGGAACUAGUACUCAAAAUUGCUUCAUUUGAGUGUCAAAAUUGCCUAAUAACUUGGCUAAUAAUCCGACUGACCCCAAUGGGCAUAUUAUAUAGCUAUUCAGAAUUAGCAUAACCGCUUUUUCUUAUUUUAAAUUGGGCCCCGAAAGCGAUUUUUUAAAAUAAUUUACACAUAUUAUUUCAAAACUUAAUCUUUCAGAAAUUAUUAUCAAUGGUGUUAAUAUAAAAACUUACUCGUAGUGCCACAUUAAUAUUUUAUAUAGUUGUAAUAGUUCAAUUGCGUCCAAGUUAUUUGGAAUGUAGCAUUUUGUAGUUAGCAUGGAGUGGAAGUAUUCAUAAGAGGCUAUGUGUAUGUAACAAAGUUUUGGUCCUUCAAGCCGGAUUUUCUUUUUCUUACACUUUAUAAUUACGCUUACAAUGUCUAUACCAUUCAAAUCUUUUUUUAAGUUUGAUCUCAAUGUUGCGUUAAUCUCAUUUUUAUAUCACUUUUACUGUACUUAUCAAAUUACUUUAUAUGGGUGCUAAUAUUACUGUAUUCUACGAAAUAUGCGUAUUGUGGAACUAUUUGAUUGAAAAGAACUUUUAAAACUUGACAGAAUAUAUAUUUAUUCUAGUAAUUGCGUGUAUAUAAUAUAAAGAUUACGUGUUAGAGUAGUAACCAAAUUUUGAAGGUACACAGAAUUUAUAACAACGAAAUGUAAUUAUUUAAAUGCAUAAUAUAUCACAAUUAUUACCUUAUACAUUUUUCCUACUUAAUAGUUUACUUAAACAAAGUUCGGCUGUAAUUGCUACCAGAAAUAAUUAGCCGAUAUAGAGUUGUAUAAAUGAAUAUUACUGACUUUCAUCAAACAUUGUUUUUAGUCACAAUUAUUUAAAUAUAUAACAAUAUAUCAGUGAUUCAUUAAGAAUCUCUGGGUUGAACAUGUUAUGGUUUGGAAUGGUUAUAGUUUAUCUUUGCCAUAGUUAGGUCUUAAAAUGAAUUAAAAGUAGCAUAAAA